AUGUACGAAUUCUACCCCCAAACCGCCAACCCAGACGACGUCAUCCACGCACUAAUCCAAACCGGAGGCGCCAUAUUCCGCAACUUCGUCCCACCGUGCACACUCGAGCAAAUCGAAACCGACGUGCGCCCAUUCCUCCACGCCGACAAACCCUGGACCGGGGACUUCUUCCCGCCCGAAACCCGGCGUGUGUGUGGGCUAGCGGGCAAAUCACGCACCUUCACCAACAAGGUCGUCGGCAACGCACUAUACCAGGAAGUGUGUCAACGACUCCUCACGUCGACCUACCACUCGUACUACGGGCAGAAACUCGAGGAAUCAAUUUCCCACCCACAACUCAACAACACGAUUGUGUUUUCCAUCGGGCCUGGCGCACGCAACCAGGAACUGCACCGGGAUGAUAUGAUUCAUCAUAAUCGGUUGGAGGCUAUCACGGCGGAGGAGUACAAGGUUGGUCGGGAUUUGGGGAUUGGGUUGUUUGUGGCGGGGAAGAAAACUACGAGGAUGAAUGGCGCGACGAGGUACAUUCCAGGGAGUCAUCUUUGGGCGACGGAGACGCCUCCCGAUGAGGACUUGGUGGUGUAUGCUGAGAUGAACCCGGGAGAUGCGUUUGUUAUGUUGAGUAGUUGUUAUCAUGGGGGGAGUGCGAAUCGUACUGAGAAUGAGGAGAGGUUGGUGUAUAGUUGUUUUAUGACGAAGGGGUUUUUGCGUCAGGAAGAAAAUCAGUAUUUGGCUGUCCCGUUGGAUAAAGUCCGGGAAUAUCCCUUGGAUAUGCAGCGGUUGAUUGGGUAUCGCGUCAGUCAGCCGUUUUUGGGUUGGGUGGAUUUGGAUGAUCCCCGGAAAGCUUUGAUGGGGGAUGAAUGGGUGGAGACCCGGGGGGAUUUGUAUUAG